CUUCACCCAGUAGGGAUACGGACACCCCCGUUGGGGAAAAAACAAAGAGAAGACGAAAUAGCAGCAGCGAGCGGUGAAGGCGGAAUGGUGGUCGCCGUCGCGUCGCCUUCGUCGGCGGCGCCCCCCGCCGGCCGCCCCCACCCGGCAUACAAGGAGAUGGUCGUGCAGGCGCUGACGGAGCUUCGGGAUCCGGGCGGGUCGAGCCGCCAGGCCAUCGGCAAGUACAUCGCUGACCACUUCUCCGGCCUGCACUCCAGCCACGAGGCGCUCCUCUCCGCCCACCUCCGCCGCCUCAAGUCCCAGGGCCAGCUACGCCUCGUCUCCGGCAACUACUUCCUGUCCACCGAAGCUCCCCCUCCGCAGCAGCGGCGAGGCCGCGGCCGCCCUCCCAAGUCCGCUGCUUCGGGGCAGAAGCGCGGCCGGGGGCGGCCUCGCAAGAACGCAGAUUUAGCUCCUUCCGCUCCGAUUCCGAACUCUGAGGGGCCCAAGCGAGGGCCUGGACGCCCGCGGAAGAACGCCCUUGUCCCAGUGGCUUCAUCUGCUUCACCACUGCUGGGAGCAACUGCUUCGCCGCCUCCAUCUGGGGUCAAGCGGGGGCGUGGACGCCCACGGAAGAACUCCCUUGUCCCAGUGGCUUCAUCUGCUUCGCCACUGCUCGGGGCAACUGCUUCGCCGCUUCCAUCUGGAGUCAAGCGUGGGCGUGGACGCCCGCGGAAGAACGCCCUUGUCCCAGUGGCUUCAUCUGCUUCGCCAUUGCUGGGAGCAAUUGCUGCGCCACCUUCAUCUGGGGUCAAGCGUGGGCGUGGGCGCCCACGUAAGAACGCCCUUGUCCCGGUGGCUUCCUCUGCUUCACAGCUGCUCGGAGCGAUUGCUCUGCCAUCUCCAUCUGGGGUGAAGCGGGGGCGUGGUCGCCCACGGAAGAACGCCCUUGUCCUGUUGGCUUCCUCUGCUCCGCCACCAUCUGGGGACAAACGGGGGCGUGGACGCCCACGGAAGAAUGCCCUCGUCCUGUUGGCUUCCUCUGUUCCGCCGCAGCCAGGAGCGAUUGCGCUGCCGCCAUCUGGGGUCAAGCGAGGGCGUGGGCGCCUGCGGAAGAACGCACUUGUGCCAGUGGCUUCCUCUUCUUUGCAGCUGCCGAGAGCGAUUGCAAUGCUGCCGCCAUCUGGGGUCAAGCGGGGGCGUGGACGCCCGCGCAAGAAUCCCUACCCCGUUGCUUCGCCGCUGCUGGGAGUAGUAUCUGUGAGCAGUAACAGUGUGGUUGGUGUGAAGCGGGGACGAGGGCGCCCUCCUAAGGCUGUGGUUGCUGGGAAGAGAAAGCGUGGUCGGCCUCCUAAGGAGAAGAUGCAACCUGAAUCUGGGCAAUCUACUGAUGCUCCACUGACUAAGAGAGGGCCUGGGAGACCAAGAAAGGAGAAGACACUGGAAGGUGGACAAUUGAAUGCUGCACAGACGACUGGGGAUCAACAUGAAGCUCUGCCUGCACAAGCUACAGGGCAAGCUGGGGCUGUGCAAAAUGAAGUUGAAGCUAGGAGUCUGCAAUCCUUUGGUACUUAUUUGACGGAGAAGAGAGAUCGUGGGCGACCUAGAAAGAGGCCAUUGGAAACUGAAACUGCAGAAACAGGAGUUGCUGCUUCGGUGGAGAAGAGAGGGCGGGGAAGACCAAGAAAGAAGAAUCGAUCGGCAGGGACAUCUACAGAAUCCGGGCUUACGGCAUCGAUGGGGAUCAAGAGGGGGCCUGGCAGGCCAAGAAAGGUCAGGCCUUUUGAAACUGGGGUUGCGGAAACUGCAGAUGAGGUAUCUAGGCACUUGAUAGAAGAGAGGCCUGAAAAAGAUGAGGAUCUGGCAUCAGGGAAGAAAGCAGAAACUCAAGGUGUACUUUUGGUUGAGGAGAUCGACGCUAAACCUGCAGAUGCUGGAUGUGUGCUAGUGUCUGGAGAGGAGGCAGCAACUGCUCCUAUGGAUGCUGGAGGUGCAAUGCCAAGGGUAGUGUCAGUAGAGGAGGCAGCAACUGCUCGCAUGGAUUCUGGAGGUGCAAUGCCAAGAGUAGUAUCAGGAGAGGAGGCAGCAAUUGCUCCCAAUGAUGCUGGUGCUGCAAUGCCAGGGGUUGAUCCGAUGGACUCUAACGUGGGCACCAAGAGUCAUUAGUGCGCUGAUGGCAGUAACACCAAUAAUGAGAGAAUGAUAGUACCUGGAAGGCAGAGAAGAACCUGCAGUUUGGAAGUGUAUCCGUGCCAUAAUGGAUAUAGUUAAUUGACAUACUGUAAACAUUGCUAUAUGUUUGCAAUUGAUUACUGGUAUGUUUUUAAGUAGUUCCAUUGAAAUCUGCAUUGGAUGAGUUUCACAUUUGGCCUUUUGGGUUAUAUUAAAUUUCUAAUCCGCAUCUUCCUUUGACAAGGUCUAAAACAUUUGUAAUUUGUUGCUUGUACUGAAAACCAGCCCAGUGAUGAUUAGAUUUCCUUUCCAGUUUCAACAUCUUUUAUUGAUCUGU